AUGGUUAUAGCAGGCUCGUCGUGGUACGGUGGGGUCGGGUUCGGGCCGCAGUUCGUGGUGUUUGGUCGGAGCGGUGUUGUCGUCUCGCUCUGCUGUACACGGCGCCGCCCCACCUCGGCUCCGAUCGAGCCGACGGUGUUCCCGCUGUGCGAGCGGGAGGGAGGGCUCGCGCCCUCCUUUGCAUACAACGGCGGCGGAACCCCUCGGGAGGUCCCGUGUGGGCUAGCUGCUCAGUUCGGUCAUUGGCCACUGGCACCGAGGGCGGCGCCGGAUGUUUUAAAUAGUCGAGAGCGCAGCCUCUCAGCCGCGGACCGCGCGCCCUGGACCGGCCGAUUAGGGAACUUAAAAAGC